AUACUUAGCACACACAAUCACGUACUGUAUAUAAUUUUGCACUCAAGGAAAUAUUUUUUUUUUUAAAGUACACUUAACACACCCACAUUCCAAAGCCAUUGCAAAACCUGUGCCGUGGUUGUGCUAAGAUCACAUUGCAUCUCAGUGAUUAACACAAAAUACAAGUGUGAUAUAAAUAAAUAAAUAAAGACGACAGCUUUAACAAACCUGAAGCCACAAACCUGUCCUACCGGACCAAUGCGUGUUAUUUUAGACGUUUACGAAAUAUAUAUUUAAAUAUUUCAAACCCUGCCUACUACCCCGAGCUGUGCCACUUCAUAACCCGAGCCUUUUAAACUCUUUAACUGAACGGCGUUUGCGAGUCUCUCUUGAGAGGAAAUUAAUUUUAUUUUUUACCUCACGGAUAAAAAAAAUUUCAGUCGAAGUUUUAAUCGUAGUUUUUUUUUCUUAUUUUUCACACACAAAGUACAGAUAGCCGCGUUCGAUUACGUUUCGAGUAUUAUACUCUUUAAAAUAUAUAUCUAUCCGUCUAUCGUAUACAUUUAAAAAGAAAAUCGUUGACAAGAAGCUGAGGAGGAAGAACCCACAAAUAAUGGCGGGAAAACUUCUCCUCAACUUGGUGCUGGGGUCGAGCUUCUGUUGGUUGAUGGCAUCGGCCCAGAUCCCAGACGUUGGACGUCCGAUGGUCAUUGCGAAUACGUCUUACUACCGGGCGGCGUACAGCUACAGCUCGCUCACCUUCAAAAUCCCCAACUGCUUGCAGGUCAUCGACCAGAAUGUGGACCAGAUCAUGAUCGUGGCGAGCAAAUCCGACAUCGCCCCAACGAUCACCACCGACAUCACCUUCCCUAACGGCGUGUACAUGGUGGACAAGUUUGCCGUGCCACCCUGCAAUCCGGGCUCCAACAUGGACUCGGUGUACCGGCUGGGCGCCAACACCGAACGCCUCCAGACGUGCACCUCGACUCCACAGCCCCCCACAGUCAUCGCCGAGUGCAACCCUCCCCUCCUCAACGGCACCCAGUACAGGGUAAAUGCCAUUCUCUAUGUUGGACAACUCGCUGCAAAACAGCUCGGCUGGUCUGCCCAGGCCAGCACGUUCUCGACACGCUUUCCGCGCGGUGACAUCCCCCUUCCGCCUGGAGGCCGCUCUGGAGGGAUGGUCGUGAUCACCGUGAUCCUCACCAUCCUAAUGGCCCUGCUCAUAGUCAUCCUCGUCUGGGCCAUACUCAGCGGCAGGAAGUGAGAGGUGCCGAGGGGAUGUGGGACCCCCCUCCCCCCCUCCCCCCUCCCCCCCAAGCCGCCCGUUCCCUCCCUCCGUCCCUUCGCCCACCCCAGCCACCCCUGUAACGUUUCCCCCGGGGACACGGGGGGGGAGGGACAUCUUCACUACUUUGACGGUGAAAACUUUUACGAAGUGAGACUUAAAACUAUCAAGCCGCCGAACGGGCGUUGCGUGCGUGCCUGCGUGCACGUGUGCGCGUGUGUGCGUGUGUGUGUGUGCGUGUGUGUGUGUGCGUGUGUG